AUGAAUCCCUCUAACCCAAAUUUUACUCCGGUAGCAGAGACCGUAUCGAAUUUAGAUCAAAACCAAAUAGAAACAGAACUUAUAAAAAGAGGGCUUAUUACUUCAGGAACGCUAUCCGAAUUAAGGACUAGACUGUUACAAUAUCUCAUGGGUAAAUCUAUACCCACUGGUUUUACGAAAUAUAAAACACCUACUUCCAACCAAGCAAAUGACAACGAAAAAACCACAAAAAUGACUAGUAAAAAACCAUAUUUCAAACCUGGAACCUUCUCGGGACUAAAUUGGGAAAAUUUUGAAUCUUUCAUCAAUAAAUACAAUAUGUCCGCAUCAAUUAAUGACUGGUCUGACGAAGACAAAAUUCGAUAUUUCCCGGGUUUUCUAGAGGGUACCGCAUUAAAAACAUAUGAAAAUAUACCAGAUAACAGUGAUAUAAAAACUAAAUGGUCAAAUUUUAAAAAACAUUUUCGAAUACAAUUCGAACCUACCGCCCAAAUUGACAUUCUUCGUUCUCAAUUAGAAAAACGAAAACAAAUAGAUGACGAACAACCCAUGGUAUAUAUAACUGACAUAUAA